UUUUCACUGUGAUCGGUCUCCCGACCACAUUACAGCGGCGGAAGGAAACGUGCAAGAAAGGGAUCAAUCCACGGCAAUUUAAAUGAAGUGUGAAGUUAGUGAGCGAGAAGUGACAGUGCGGGCACUUACCUCCGCCUCUUGUACAGAUCUUAGAUUGGUGUAACCGUACAUCACGUCAGUCCUACUGCUCAGAGUGAUUAACAUUUAGCUGCUGACAACCAUGUCCAAGUACCUGAAGCAUUUUACCUCUGUGGGUGACAAACAAAAUCAAAGGCAGUGGAACGUGGAUGAGGAGAAGCAGCCAGAAGAAGAGCCUCAGAAGACGCCCCAUCCAUUUACCUCUUCAUACUCCUUCAGAGAUGCUCUAAAGUGGCUUUUUGGUAGCCACAAGUUUCAGAUUGUCAUUGUGUGCCUGGUUAUUCUGGAUGCUUUAUUUGUUCUUAUCGAGGUACUUUUGGACUUGGAAUUAUUACAUGACAAAGUUGACCACAUUGUACCAGAGAUAUUCCAUUAUUUGAGCGUUUCUGUAUUGUCCUUCUUUUUGCUGGAAAUUGUUGGUAAACUAUAUGCCUUUCGACUGGAGUUUUUCCACCACAAGUUUGAGGUGUUUGAUGCAGUUAUUGUUAUAAUAUCAUUUAUCAUCGACGUGGUCUAUAUAACCCGGGAAGAUAUCUUCAACGCAGUCGGGCUGUUAAUCUUACUCAGACUUUGGAGAGUGGCCAGAAUUGUCAAUGGUGUCAUUUUGUCUGUGAAGAGCAGAGCAGAAGAAAAGAUCCACAAGUUAAAGGAGAAACAGGAGACCCUAUUAGCCAGAGUCUCACAGCUAGAGCAGCAGUGCACCCAGCAGGAACAAGAGAUUUCAAGACUCCAGACUUUAUUACAGCAAAACAACAUAUUCCCCGAGCCUUACAACCCAGCCACUGCUUGAAAUUAAUAAGUGGAUUGUUACUUUCCUUGAAAAUAUCUAUUUCAAAAGAUUUUUAUAGAGGUUGUGUUUGUGUAGCACGAGUGCAGCGCAAAGAAACUUAAAAGAUGUUGUAUAAUUUGUUAAUGUCUAAUCUCUCACAGUAUAAAACAUGUACAUUGUUUUAAAUGUGUACAAAAAUCACAUUUAUUAAAGUCCGAAAAUAUGUAUAAAAUCUUUUUAAUAUUGGGCCAAAAUAAAGCAUAAUGGACCAGCCACCA